GAGAGAGAGAGAGAGGCAGAAAAAUAAAAAUUUCCAGCGGCGUCGGUGGAUUUGGAUUUGUUCUGAACGCUGCGCCGCAGUUUUUGCCGAUUUGUUAAAAGAAAAGCAAGCGUUUCGUUUCUGACAUGAUGAAAAUGGCAAUGGCAAAUGGUGCAAAUCCGCUGCAAACAAUGAAGAAAACAAUCGGCGACGAGGAGUCCGAUGAGUCCGAUAUGGAAGAAGAGGAGGAGGAUGAGGAAGACGAGGAGGAGGACGAUCUGCCGGAUGUAGCGCUACAAAUCGACAGCGAGGAUGAGGCGGAACUGGAGGCGCAGCGCAUUCGUUUGGUGGAAGAAGAAGCAGCCAAGACAACAAAAAAGGCCGAGAAAGAACGGCAGCAGCUGCAACAAAAACAACAACGGCAAGCGCAGGUCAGUAACGGUAACGAAGAGCAGCUGGAGGAAACUGGAAAACCCAGCAACAACAAACGCAAGCCCCGUGGGAGGCCCAAACGCAAGGUUUCCACAAGUUCGCAGGCUUCCAGUGCCUCCAUCGCCUCCAGUGCUACCUUGGUGGCCGCUCAAGUUCUCGCAGAUGAGAAGUCACGCCGCUUCAUCUACAGCUGUACCAGCUGCACACACCACUACGACGACAACCUGAUCCUCUCCAGACACUUCCAGCUGGAGCAUGUCGAGAAACCGAAAAGGAAGCGAGGCAAAACCAAGUCUUCUGCUGAAGAACCUAUGGUUACUCCUCCCUUGAUCAUUGAUCCCUUGGAAAUGGGCCAACUUAAGGCCUGUGCCCAGUUGCUCGUCCAAGGAGAAUCCGUGCUGCAACUGUGCCUCGCCUGUAACUCACAGUUUGUGGAUGUGGUACGCUUUCAGGAGCAUCUCAGCCAGCAGCAUGGCUAUUUUCAGUUACUGGUGCCCAAGGAGGAACCCACCGAUCUCCCACCGCAUGCCAUGGUCACAAUUCCCGGUGCUCUGGCUCUGAACAAGGCCAAUGCCCAGCUUCAGCUGCCCAUUCCAGCUCCGGAAACUCCGCCACCCGAGCAGGAGGCUCCGCCAAGUACCGUGCCCAAUGACAAGGCGGAUCUCACCAUGACCAACGACGUGGUGGCGGAUAUUGCAGCCGAACGAGUGAAGAAAACCAGCAGCUCCAAGGGUAACAAGAUGAUCAUCAAGCUUCCGAUGCCCAAAAAAAGAGGCAGAAAGCGCUCCAAGCCGGAGAGCAUGCGGAACGAACAGGAUAACUCGGAGAAGACGGACAAGAAAAAAAAAAUGAACAAAGAGGAGGGACAGCAGCCAGUAUUGGAGCCACUGCAGGCCAAAAAAAUAAAUAAUCAGGGGGAACACGCUGCAACGGAGAUACUACUGUCGAGUAAUGUCGUAAAAAUUCAACAGAACGCGAAGGGAUCAAAGAAAGACGGUACUCAGUCGGCACAGAAAUCUGAGACUAAUCCCAAGCACCUAGAGAAUGCUGAGACAAAUUCAAAGGAAGAUCACCAGUUGUCGGAUAAGACAGAAUCGGUGGCUCUGAAAGGAACUAUAAACGAUAAGCAAUUGACAAGCGAUGAAGCAGGCAAAGCAGGGACACAUAAAGAUGACAACAGCCACCAGAAUCAGUUGGAUAAGAGUGAGGAAGGUCAUUCCCAGUCGGCGAGUGCUGGCAAAUCGAAGAAGGUGGAUCAAGUGCAUCAGCAAAUGCCUGUCGAGAGUUCAAAGGAUCACCAGCAGAUGGCAGAGGAACCCACAAAUUCAACCAAGCGCAAGCGCGCACGCAAAGAACGCAAGUCACCGACACCCGUACUCAUUCCGCUGGGAGACAAAGAAAUCAAGGAGGAGCCAGAACUCCCAGAGCGGCGCAUGCGCAAGAGCCGCCAACAUGUGGACUACGUUGUCGAAAUCAAAGAUGAGGAGGAGGAUGAUGACGAGGAGGAAGAGGCUGAGGUGGAUGAUGACUCCUCAGCCACUAUUUCGCCGCACAACAGCUCAACAGAUGAGAGUUUUACCUCGAUCAAACGUGAGUCAUCGGAGGAAUCGCAGCACAACGGAAUCGGGGGAAUUCACACCUGUAAUUUCUGUGGCAAAACCUUUAAGCGCUUCUCAAGAAUGCAGGAUCACCUGCGCCUCCAUACCGGCGAGAAACCAUACGUGUGUGGACAGUGCGGCAGGGCUUUCCGUCUAAAGAUGCGUCUGGUGGAGCAUCAAUUGCGUCAUCGCGCUGAAAAGGCAUACAAAUGCGAUAUCUGUUCAAUGCCACUGGCCACCAAGCAGGAUCUCUCGCUGCACAUGCGUCAUCACAAGAACGAUCGGCGCUACAAGUGCGACAAGUGCAACAAGGGAUUUGUUCGCAGCUCAGAUUUGUCCAUCCACGUGCGGAUUCACACGGGUGAAAAGCCCUACAGCUGCGAUCUGUGCGGCAAGGCGUUCCGCGCACGCCAAAAUCUGGUGGUCCAUCGACGCACUCAUCUCGGCGAUAAACCCAUUCAGUGCGAGCUGUGCGACAAGCGUUUCGCCCGCAAGAUAGAUAUGCGGGUGCACAUGCGCAGGCAUACAGGUGAAAAACCCUACAACUGCGAUGCCUGUCAGCGUGGCUACUCGUCGCGUGUUAAUCUAUUGCGCCACCAGGAGCGUGAGCAUGGCAUGGAGGAGCAAGUCUCUGAAUCUGGCACGGCGGAUAAGAAACACCCAAAAACGGCAACAGAAAACGAGCAGGAAAACGAACCCAAAGCCAAAGCAGCGCCACGACGUCCGCGACGCGAGAAGCUGCAGCAAAAGAUUGCUGCUCAGGAGAAGCUACUGAAUGACCUGAAGCGUAGCUUGAGUGCUAUGCCAGAAAUACCUGAGGAGCCAACGCAGGACAAACUUGAUGGAUCUGGCCAGGACACACCGGCAGACGCCGGAGCAAGACAUGCUCAAGUGAAAGUCACGCUGUCCAUGCAAAUGGAGCCAGCACCCAAUACCGAGGACGACGAGGAGAUCACGCCGGAGAAGGAGAACGCUUUGUCCAGUGCGAUGACAGCCGAUGGCAAGACAAAGGCGAAUCGCAAGAUAACCAGCUACUUCACUGUCGUGGGUCAGCAGGCGGAAAUUUAAAGACUUAAGUUCAGGGUCAGCAACACUUCUUACUCAUUACCUUUUAAGAUGCCACUGUACUUGGAAAUGAUGGAGACAUUUCCCUAGCGUAGCGCACACCUCGCAAUUUAACUUUUUCGAUUUACAAUGCAAUCUUGCAGCAGGGAUCAAGUAUUUUCUAUAUAUUCUAUUUAUAUACUUACGACCUAAUUUUGAGGAUACGGUUAGCCGGGAAUUAUUCAACGUUGUGAAGGACAUAAAGCCGACAAGAACAAGAAAAGACUACUUUAUAAAAGAAAUAAUGAUAUUUGAUAUGAAGAAAUCAAGCAAGAGACUGCAAUGAGUUUUAUACAUAAAUAUAUAUAUAUAUUUUUCUAUAGACAGAGCAACUUUUGUGAACAAAAUAAGUUAAACUAUGUAAAAAUACCAAUAAAUUAGUCAGUAAGCUAGCAUGGGAAAUGUUUGCAACACUAGGCAACUAAAAUAUUUUAAAAUUCAAUGGCUGAAACUCAAAUUUCAUUUGAACCAAAUUGAAGUCCCAAAUCAAGGUUUUUAUAAAAAAUUUGUAAACAAACAAAAGCUCGACCAAAUUCAAUCUUAUCGAGCUUCAAUAUCAGCAAAACUUGAUAUUUAUAAACAAAUGCGCACACCGAUUCGAAUUUGAUUUGCAAACAUAUUCCCUCCAUUCCCCCCGCAUUUAUAAUCCGAACAAGCUGAGAAAUAUUUCACAAUUUCAUUUAAUUUCACAGCAAACAUAAAAUCAAUUGCAAGUCAUUCAGCAUGCAGUUUAUACAAAAUCUGCCACUUAUGCUCGAAAUUCCAAAACAAACUUAAUUUUAUGAAUAUAAUUUUAAAUUUAUAUUGUAUAAGCACAUAAAUUGCUUUGGGAAAAGUUUUUAUAUAUUUUCCCUUGGAAAGCAUUCUGCACUAUCUCAGCAUCUCCGUUUACUAUAUUUAUUUUAUAUAAUUUACGCAUUUACUUUAGUAUAUUUACUUAAUUUCUCGAAUCGUAAGCGUAGUGAAAAGGCAAAUGAACAUGCAAAAAGUCAACAUCGCUUAUUUCCUACAUACACUGAACGCAUUUUUUGUACAUUGAAUUUGUGGCAGCUUCGCUCAUUCUGUAGCAUCUAAGAGAGUCCGAUGAAUAUACGUUACUUUAUAAUUUCA